UCAUGCCUAGACUGACCAACUCUGUGCUUGCUCUCAACCUCGUCUUUCACACACAGAUCACUCAUGUAAUUUUAAAAGUAUUUAUCUAAACUGGGUGGGGUCACAAUCCUAGUUACUAAAGAGUCUGAGGCAAGAAGAGCCAAGUUCAAAGCCAGCCUGGGCACGUUUGUGAGACCAUAUCUUCCAGCCCUAAACUUUUCCUGAGGCCUGGGCAAUUGGCUGUCCUAAAUAGAUUUCCUGUGUUCAGACUGUGACAUGUUCUGAGCUGCCAUUAAUCUUCUCUCUCUGUUAUUUCCAUUUCUCAGGUUUAAGUUUAGGUUUAUACUUCUCUUUAUUAAUGGCACUCCAGUAUUUGCUGAACCCUAAUUUAUUUGACUGGGUUUUGUGGCUGUGGACUGAAGAUGGGCUGUCAGUCUUCUCUAACCAAAAGCAAUCUCUUCUUUUUUGGAAGCUGAUGCAGCUAUAGGGAACCCAGAAGGAGCAUUCAUGAAGGUGUUGCAGGCCAGGAAGGGGAACACCAGCACUGAGCUCACUAUUGAACCGGUAAGGGGAUAUUCAGAAAAGGAUGGUGGCACUUACUUGGGUUUCAUGAACGAACAGCUCGACUUUAACGAUAAAAGUGAUGUCCUUAGUGCACUAAAUUACAUAUUGCCAUAUUUCUCGGGGAAAUCAGGAAGAUGUACUGUCUACACUGUUACCAUUCAUUAAACUGCUUUUUUCUAACGUACAAGACAGUUCUCUGGGAAUGGUGAAAAGUGAUACAAAGAGUGCUCUUAAAUACGAAUCCAAUUCCAGUAACUUGAAUUACAAAAAUAAGUUGAAUAAGCUUUAUUUUCUAGAAAAUUUAUUAGAUGCAGAAAUUGAUGAGGUUAGAAAGAAGGAGAAAACCGCCAUGCUUGUGCAGCAGUCUAGCCGUUUAGGGCCCAAAAUUAAACGACACAAAUUUUGAAAAACAUGGGAACGUGCCCAGGCAGAGGGACACAGUCUUGGGGCAAUUGAGAAUGAAAAGAGAAGGUUCCACAGGAGGAACAGAGUCCUCAGGGGACCAGGAAGCGCACACAAAAGGCACUUCAAGGAAGGAAGCAAAAAGAACCCGAGGAGCAGAGAGCCCCGCCAUCUGUAGAGAACAUUGCCAAAGACAGGCGGCUCAGGAGCCCACCCACAAUGGAGCUGCAGCACCUUGACCUGGUGCAGAAGCCCAGGAGGUUAGUGGGAAACUCCUAUCCAGAGCCCUCACUUCCAAGGGAACAGGGCAUAGGAGUCUCCUCUUCCCUCCAAUCAAACAUCCCUGAGUCAGAAGAAACUAUAUCAGAAAAUGCAGCCCUCAAGACUCCUGCUGCAGAGUCUGCUGUGCCUAUAUCCACCUUAGUUCCAACUGUUCAAAAUGCCGGUGAGACUCAGCCAGGAUUCUACAUUGUAGGCAGUGACUCACACACCCCACCCAUCCGUGCUGCUUACCCAGCGCUGUUAUCACCAGGUGAACAGUCUGAAGCUCAGCUGAACCAGCAGCUGAAGCCCCUCAUCCCCAACAACAACGUGAGAAGGCUCAUUUCUCACAUUAUCAAAACUUUGAAGAUGGAAAGCUCUGAGACUCACGUGCAAUUGUCCCGUGCCAAGCUCAUAUCCAGAACAGGCCUCCUGAUGAAGCUUCUCAGUGAGCAGCAGGAAAUCAAGGUAGACAGGACUGACUGGGAUCCAGACCAGUGGAAAACUGAGAACUACAUCAGUGAGAGCACAGAAGCACAGAAGCAGACCUAAAACACAGAAUAGGAUAAAGUGCAUUAGGCAGGUAACAUGUUGGAUUUGGUAUAUUCUUUAAGAAUCCGAAAGCUAUUCACAUAGAAGAAUGUUUUUAGGGUUUUUCCUUGUUGUUUGUUUGUUUUUCAGUGCAGGGGAUUAAACCCAGCACCAUACUAAACCAAGGGCUCAACCACGGAGGUACAGCCCCAGACCUUGGUUUUUAUUAAGAGUCUCAAACUCCUGGUAAUCCUGCCUUAACUUCCCAAGGGAUAGAUUAUAUACAUCAGGUAUAAGCCCAUGCUCAACUCAAGAAUGGGUUUAGAACAGUUAAACUUCUUUCAUCCUUUUCUUGUCUUUACUAUUUAAGAACAACAAAUGUCCUUUUCCUUUUUUUCUUUUUAAUACUUUUUCGCGCUCGGAGGUUCCAAGACAUGGCUCUAAGAAAAAACUCAUCUCAGCAGUAUCGCUGACUGUAGUACUGAUGGUUUUCGUUCUCACUCUCUGCCUCAUUGAGCUAAGGACAAUGCAUUCAGGUGUCCAGAAUGUACCCUCUCUGUGUAAUAUUUUUAGAAGCCACAAACUAAACACCAAAGUCCCAGGCAGAGGGACACAGUCUUGCAGAGAUUGAGAAUGAAGAGAGAAGAUUCCACAGGCUGAACAGAGUCCUUGGGGGACCAGGAAGCACACACAAAAGGCACUUCAAGGAAGGAAGCAAAAAGAACCCGAGGAGCAAACAGAGGGCCCCGCCAUCUGAACAGAACAUUGCCAAAGACAGGCGGCUCAGGAGCCCACCUGCAAUGGAGCUGCAGCACCUUGACCUGGUGCAGAAGCCCAAGAGGUUGGUGGGAGACUCCUUCUAUCCAGAGCCCUCACUUCCAAGGGAACAGGGCAUAGGAGUCUCCUCUUCUCCACAAUCAAACAUCCCUGUCAGAAGAAACUAUAUCAGAAAAUGCAGCCCUCAAGACUCCUGCUGCAGAGUCUGCUGUGCCUAUAUCCAGCUUAGUUCCAACUGUUCAGAAAGCCGGUGAGACUCAGCCAGGAUUCUACAUCGUAGGCAGUGACUCACACACCCCACCCAUCCGUGCUGCUUACCCAGCACUGUUAUCACCAGUCUGAAACUCAGCUGAACCAGCAGCUGAAGCCCCUCAUCCCCAACAACAACAUGAGAAGGCUCAUUUCUCACAUUAUCAAGACUUUGAAGAUGGACAGCUCUGAGACUCACUUGCAAUUGUCCCGUGCCAAGCUCAUAUCCAGAUCAGGCCUCCUGAUGAAGCUUCUCAGUGAGCAGCAGGAAAUCAAGGUAGCCAGGACUGACUGGGAUCCAGACCAGAGGAAAACUGAGAACUACAUUAGUGAGAGCACAGAAGCCCAGAGCGAACAGAAGGGGCUGGAGUCAAGUCAGGCGAGGACAGGUCCAGGACAUGAGGCCCCAACAUUCCCAUCAUUUAAGCGGGAAGACUAGGCACUCCCAGUCCAGAUCUUGUGUUGCCACAUAACUAUAGCCAAGACAGUGAUCUCUGCUGUGCUUCUAAAAUCAGAGACUGAAG